AUGGACGACACCGACACCAGCACCAACGACUUGAACCCUGGAGUCUCACUUCGCAUGGGCCCCGUUGACGAGAUGGAUGUCGACUCUCCUGCUACCAACGGCAAUGGAAUCAAGCGCAAGUCAUCCAUGAACGGCAAGAGCUACAAGGACACCACCGAAUCCGAUGACGAUGACGAUAUCCCAUUGACCAAGCGCAGAAGGACAUCCAAGAACAAGGCCUCUUCUGACUCCGAGGACGACCAACCUCUUGCCAAGAAGACUGGACGCAAGCCCCCGAAAGUCACUGCCCAACAAAUUGGCGAGGAGGACGAUUCCGACGUCCCACUCACGCAGAAGCUCGCCAAACAAAAGGCCGCGAUCGAGAAGACGGCAGAGACACAAGCCAAGGCGAUUCGCGCAAAGAAGACUGCUGUGAAAGCAGAAGAGUCUGAUGACAGCGACGCGCCAUUGAAGAAGAAGAGAGCUCCUCCAAAGAAGAAGGUCAACGGUGUCAAGAAGGAAGAGUCUGAUGAUGACAAGCCACUCAAGAAGGCACCCGCCAAGCGUGCAACUCCCAAGUCGCAGAGCGCCACCCCUGCUGCGUCCGCAAAGAAGGGCAAGAAGGCAGCGAAGGAAGAGAGCCCUGAGGACAAGGAAGACGGUGACGAGGAAGAGGAGUAUCGUUGGUGGGAAGACACGGCCAAGGGUGACGGUACCAAGAAGUGGAGCACCCUGGAGCACAACGGUGUCGUAUUCCCUCCUGAGUACGAGCCUCUUCCCAAGAAUGUCAAGAUGCGCUACGACGGUGUGCCGGUCACGCUCCAUCCGGAGGCUGAGGAGGUAGCCACUUUCUUCGGCAGCAUGCUCAACUCCACCCACAAUGUCGAGAACCCGACCUUCAUCAAGAACUUCUUCGGCGACUUCAAGGAAUACCUCGAUCGUACUGGCCAUGGCACCAACAGCAAGGGAGAAAAGGUCAAGAUCAUGAAAUUCGAGAAGUGUGACUUCAAGCCCAUUUUCGAGUAUUUCGAUGCCGAGCGUGCAAAGAAAAAGCUCUUGACUACUGCAGAGAAAAAGGAACUCAAAGCCGAGAAGGACAAGGCAGAGGCACCCUACACCUUCUGUCUCUGGGAUGGACGCAAGCAAAAGGUUGGCAACUUCCGUGUCGAACCUCCAGGUCUCUUCCGUGGACGCGGCGAGCACCCCAAGACCGGCAAGGUCAAGACUCGUGUCAAGCCGGAGCAGGUCACUAUCAACAUUGGCGAGGAAGCCACCGUGCCUGCACCUCCGGAGGGCCACAAAUGGAAGGAGGUCCGUCACGACAACGCAGGUACAUGGCUUGCGAUGUGGCAGGAAAAUGUCAACGGCAACUACAAAUAUGUUAUGCUGGCGGCAAACUCCGAUGUCAAGGGUCAAUCGGAUUUCAAAAAGUUCGAGAAGGCCAGAGAGCUUAAGAAGCACAUCGACAGAAUUCGUAAGGACUACCAGCGUGAGCUCAAGGCCGAACUGAUGGCCGACCGUCAACGCGCAACUGCCGUCUACCUUAUCGAUCAAUUUGCACUCCGUGCUGGUAACGAGAAAGGUGACGAUGAAGCCGACACUGUCGGUUGCUGUUCUCUCAAAUUUGAGAACGUCACUCUCAAGCCCCCAAACAAGGUCGUCUUCGACUUUUUGGGUAAAGACUCAAUUCGCUUUUACGAUGAGGUCGAGGUUGACGGUCAGGUCUUCAAGAACCUCAAGAUCUUCAAGAAGGCGCCUAAGAAAGAUGGGGAUGAGAUUUUCGACCGUCUCACUACCAGUGCAUUGAACAAGCAUUUGAGCAACUACAUGCAAGGCCUUACUGCCAAGGUGUUCCGUACUUACAACGCCUCCUGGACAAUGGCAAGACUGCUUCAGGACAUGAAGGCAGUUGGAACACAUGCUGAAAAGGUCAAGGCAUACAACGACGCAAACCGCAAAGUGGCUAUCCUUUGUAACCACAAGCGUACUGUGGCCGCUGGACACGCUGCUCAGAUGGAGAAGGUACAAGACAAGAUCGACGCCGUCAAGUACCAGCAGUACCGUGUCAAGCAGAUGAUGCUGGCCCUCGAUUCUAAGCUUAAGAAGAAGAAGGGUGCCGAGUGGUUUGCUCUGCCUGAAGGCCUUGAUGAGGAAUGGCAGAAGAAACACCACGAGGACCUGGUUGAGCAGGAACGUCAGAAGAUCACCAAGAAGUUCGAGAAGGACAAUGAGAAGCUGAAGGCAGACGGCGAGAAGGAGAUGAAGGCGAAGGAGCUUGACGAGCGUCUCGAGGCCGUCACUGAUCUAGAGCAGAAGCUCAAGACCGAAUUGAAGACAAAGAAGGUCGAGCCAGAAGGCAAGGGCCCUUCUGUUGAGAAGUUCGAAGGCCAGAUCGAGAAGCUUGCCGCCAGAAUUAGCAACAUGGAGCUGCAAGCCGAGGAUAGAGAGAGCAACAAGGAAGUCGCUCUGGGAACUUCCAAGAUCAACUACAUCGACCCUCGCCUUACUGUCGUCUUCUCCAAGAAGUUCGAUGUACCCAUCGAGAAGUUCUUCUCCAAGACGCUGCGCGAGAAGUUCCAGUGGGCCAUUCACUCCGUCGAUAAGGACUGGGAGUUCUAA